ACAAUAGAAUAUCGUUGCUUGACUGAUUAGUUACCCCCUCAACGCGGUCAAGAACUAUUUCUGGGCGCAUUGUUGCUGAUGAACUUGAACGUUAUUGCACUGUUUUGUACUCCCAAGGAGACUCCGAGGCAUCUCUGCCUCCAUGAGAAUUCGGGGCAUACCACGUAAAUAGGAGAGGUAGAAGGUGAAAUAGGAAGGAGUGUGAACCAUGGCGGAUGCUGGGGGAGCGUUCGUUACGCGGUCGUUUGAACGGAUGCUGAAGGAAUCAUCUGGCAAGAAGUACGCCAAUCUGCAGAACGCUCUCAAAGCGUACCUUGACAGCCGGCAUAUUACUUCUCCAGUUCCACCACCAGGCCAGCUUGAGGAGCCUAAUUUGUCUCGUAACAUCUCGGGUAUCCAAGACUUUACAAAUAACGAAGACACAUCGUCACUGAAUGAGAUAGGGGCAACUUUCCAAACUGUCAACACUCAGGAGCCGCUAAGGCAAAACACAGGCCUGGCAGCUGCUGCCACGAUGACCGAAGCUGGAAAAACUCUUGAAGGGUCAGAAGCUGAAGUGGUAUUGUUACCAUUGCGUCUCGCAUUUGAGACGAAGCAAUCGAAAAUAAUUGAGCCGGCUCUUGAUUGCUUACAUAAGCUGAUUUCUUAUGGACAUCUAGAGGGAGAGGCCGGUCUCACUGGGGGCAAAAACGAAGCCAUGCUUACGGAGCUAUUUAACAUGGUAUGCAGAUUGUCCGACGAUGGCGCAACUGGUACCAAUCAAAAUGUAGUGCUCCAAGUCAUCAAAGUUCUCCUCACCGCAGUGGCUUCGCCUUCCUAUCAUGUGCAUAGGGAGUGCCUCCUUACAGCGGUGCGCACAUGCUAUAAUAUUGUCUUGAGCAGUAAAAGCCCUGUGAACCAAGCCACUGCUAAAGCGACGUUGAUGCAAAUGAUGAAUACAGUCUUCAUAAGAAUGGAAAAUAAUACAGAGAGGGUGAAAUCUAGGAAGCUUGACCAGGGUGAAUCGUCGAAGGACUCAAAGCAAUCACAGCCUACUCCUAGUCAGAUGCCAGUGGAAGAUUUAAAGCAUCUCAGUGGAGUUGCCGACAUUCAGGGGUUUGAAGCAGCCUUGAACAAAGUGGUCGAAGCAGAGGGAGAACUAAACAGCGAAGGGGCUGUAACAAGCCUGGAGUCACUCACAGUUGGCCAGCAAGAUGGGGUACUGAUGCUACGAACAAUCUGCAAGCUAGCUGUGAAGGAAGAAACAGACGAUCUCAGUAACAGGACCAAGAUUUUGUCUCUUGAUCUGCUUCAGGGGCUGCUGGAAGGAGUGAGCGAUGCUUUCACUGUCAAUUAUACUUUCAUUGAUUUUGUGAAAGCAUACCUGUGUUAUGCAUUACUGAGGUCCUGUGUGUCACCUACUGCAUCCGUAUUCCAGAUGGCUGUAAACAUCUACACUGUCCUCUUGCAGCGAUUUCGGGAGAGUCUUAAGGCAGAGGUUGGAGUAUUUUUCUCUCUUGUGGUGCUCCGGUCAUUCGACAAUCCUGAGACGCCUCCCCCACAUUGCACCUCCGUCCUCAAGAUGCUAGAAAAAACUUGCAACGAUCCACAGCUGCUGGUUGACAUAUUUGUAAAUUACGACUGUGAUUUGGAGUCAACUAACUUGUUUCAACAACUGAUAAACUCGCUGUCACGCAUGGCACAAGAACCCCCACCUGUGGAGCCAAAUGCUAACCCGAUUGUCGUUACUCAAUAUCGGUUCGUGACUGGUUUAUGUAUUCAAUGUCUUACGAAUGUUUUACAAUCGUUAGAAGCAUGGACCAAAAAGGAUGGUUUGGGACCAGUGGAAAUGGAUGAUCCUGAGUUGAUCCAAUACAGAACCCCUAAACGAGGCUCUAAAUUUGAAAUGAAUAAUGUGAUGAAGAUUGACUCCGAGCCUACGGAUGAGGCCAAGAUUACAACUCAGGCUGACGACUUCGAAAAAGCUAAGGCUCGCAAAGUCUCGAUGGAAACUGCUGUGAUCGAGUUUAAUCGAAAGCCAGCGGAGGGGAUCAAAUUUCUUCUGACGGAAAAUCUCCUUCCCAAUGACCCAAAAUUUAUUGCUCGGUUCUUACAUGACACACCAGGCUUGAACAAAAAACAAAUAGGUGACUAUUUGGGACAACAUGGAGAAUUCCAGUUGGCUGUAAUGCACGCAUAUGUGGACGGAAUGAACUUUGUCGGCAUGAAGUUUGACAAGGCUCUCAGAAUGUUUCUUAACGGCUUUCGGCUUCCUGGAGAAGCGCAGAAGAUUGAUCGGAUUAUGGAGAAAUUCGCAGAAAGGUACUGUCGAGAUAAUGGUAACCUUUUCAAAAAUGCAGACACAGCUUAUGUGCUGGCGUAUGCAGUUAUUAUGCUCAACACAGAUGCUCAUAAUCCUCAGGUUGUGACCAAGAUGACGAAAGCAGACUUCGUGAAUAUUAACUCUUCAACUGGUGCUGAAGAACAUGCUCCCAAGGAACUUCUGGAAGAGAUAUAUGAUUCAAUUGUCAACGAUGAAAUCAAGCUUAAGGACGAGAAUGCAAUUGGACCAAAACAUGAAGAGAAGAGUGUCUUACUCGAUGUGCUUGAUGUUCUCAAACUUGGGGGAGCAUCACGCAAAGCAGCAGAUAUGAAGCAGGAGAGCGAGAACAUCAUUAAGCGCACACAGGCUGCAUUUCGAAAAACUGGACAGAAACAAGGCGUGUUUCAUAAACCAGAUCAUUCCGAGCUGGCACGACCAAUGCUGGAUGUUUGCGGGCUGGCCUUGUUGGCAGCUUUCGAAGUGACAAUGGAGAGAACAAGCGAUGAGGCCUGGAUACUUUUAUGCUUAAAAGCCUUCUACACAGGCGCGGGAUUAACCACGUCUUUGGGCUUGCAAAAUCUUCGCAACACAUUUGUAGCUGGGUUAAUCAGGUAUAAAACAAGAGGCUCCUCUGUAGGCUUCAAGCUUAUCUUCUGUUCACCAUGUCUCAUAAGUAUAUGUCGCCUUCCGCCUCGGAUGUGCUUUACGACGACUAAAUUAUCUAUGUAUAAAUGCAUCACAGGUCUGAUCCAGGCUACUUACACGUCCAUAUCAAAUUACUGCAGAUUCACGUCUUUGCAUUCUGCUGUGGAAAUGCAAAACAAAAAUGUUGAAGCUUUGAGAGCUCUUUUUGACUUGUGCCAGAAUAGAAUCGACGCGUUGCAAAGUUCAUGGAAAUCAGUGCUAGAAUGUGUGUCAAGGUUGGAGUUCAUUACUACGUCUCCAUUCUUUGCAGUUACUGUGGGCCCUAACCAAAUUUUUAGGGAAGAUCUUUUGCUUUCAUUAUUGGAUUUAAUGGAAAAACCAACAGAGCAGGUGUUUGCCAACACCGUCAAGUUACCUGGUGAUGUGGCUGUGGAAUUCUUCUCGGGUUUAUGUGAGGUAUCUGCCAAAGAGCUGAACGAGGUGCCACCACGAGUUUUCAGUCUCACGAAAAUGGUAGAAAUUAGCUACUACAAUAUAACACGGAUUCGUAUGGUGUGGGGCAAAAUAUGGGCAGUACUCUCGUUGCAUUUUGUUGCGGCAGGGAGCCACGACGAUGAAAAGAUUGCAAUGUACGCUAUAGAUUCUUUGAGGCAGCUGGCACACAAGUACCUGGCUCGCUCUGAGCUAGCAAAGUUCACCUUCCAGAAUGAUAUUUUGAAGCCUUUUGUCGUGUUAGUGCGGAGCAGCAAGAAUCCCACAAUACGCGCACUUAUUGUUGAUUGCAUGAUACAAAUGACCAAGUCAAAAGUCACAAGUAUUAAGUCAGGCUGGAAGAGCGUGUUUAUGGUGUUCACCUCAGCCGCCUUUGAUUAUCCUGAAAUUUCUGCUAAUGCAUUUGAAAAUGUUGAACAAGUCGUAUUGGAGCAUUUUGAGCAAGUAAUGGCAGACAGUUUCAUGGACUGUGUAAACUGCCUUAUUGCUUUUGCAAACAAUAAAAGCCAAAGCAGUGCUCGGACAAGCUUGAAGGCGAUUGCUCUUCUACGAAUAUGUGAGGAGCGUUUGGCUGAGGGACACAUUCCUGGAGGUGUCUCCCGAGUAGUUGCAGAAGAGAGGGGAAGAGAUCAAGAAGUAGCUGAAAACUACUGGUUUCCAAUGCUCUCUGGGCUAUCAGAACUUAUAUCUGAUCCCCGCACUGAAGUUCGAAACUGUGCCUUGGAGGUUCUCUUCGAUCUUCUCAAGGAACGAGGGCACAAUUUUUCAGGACCAUUCUGGAAGAGCGUGUUUCACCGCAUACUCUUCCCAAUCUUUGAGGAUGUUCGAAGAGAAUUUUCAUAUGAAGGCAAAUUGGAAUCCAAGAACAUAUGGUUUCGAGAGACUUGCAUAGUCUCACUUCGCCUUAUUUGCGAUCUCUUCAGCAGUUAUUACAAGGAAGUAUCCUUUUUGAUGCCAGAAUUACUAAGACUACUUCUGGACUGUGCCACACAACCUGAUCAGACAUUGGCCUCCAUGUCCAUGCGUGCACUGACGAGGUUCACUGAAGAAGGGGGAGACCAAUUCAAAGUAGAGGACUGGACCACUUUACUCGAACAUAUCCGGGAUGCAUGCUAUGCAACCCAACCCAAAGAACUUCUCGAUCCAGAGACGAUGUUUACUUUCGAUACAAGCCAGUCAUCUGUAUGGACGCAUUCUGGCACUGUCACUACACCUGGAAGUGACCAGCUCCUCAUGGACGGGUACACAUUAAAGAACGGCGAGGAAGCUGCCGUUGGAGCGGGGGAAUCAGCUCAAAUAACCGGCAAAGGAGGUUUCAUCGGUGGCGUUAUGAAAUCUAUUCUACAUUACAGGAGAAAAAGCGUACCCCCCGAAUCGCAAUCAGGGACUACUUCUGAGGAGUUCGAUGAUGGCGAUGACAUACAUAGUAGCGAUGAAGAAAGCUUAGCUCUCCAGAAAGUGAGAUCCAAGUGUGUCAUUCAGCUUUUGCUCUUGAGUACCAUUGAAAGCCUCCAGAAACAUCAUUGGCAACGAUUUGAGCCAUCUCAAAAGCUACUGAUAAUGGACACACUAUUUUCACUGGUAGAAUUUGCAGCAUCAUAUAAUAGCGACAUCAAGCUUCGACAGCGAAUGCGAAAAAUAGCAGGCGACUGGCCACCACCAAGCUUACUUAGGCAAGAAGCGGAAGGCACCCAAUUGUAUCUCGCAAUGCUUACAUUAUCUGCAAUGGGGCAUGAAGCUGAUGCCACCACCAAGGAGUCAAAGCGAAAUUGGAUAAAUAUGGGACGAAAGUCACCUCCACCCGAGAGUGAGAAGUUGAGACAGGAGGCGGAACGAAGGCUUAUGGCUUUUUACGGACAUGUUCUGAGAGAAAUAAUCACUUUGCAGUCUCGGCCCGGAGAUACCACACCCACAGAUGUAUACAAGUCGCUAUCGGUACGGGCUCCAGUGACUGUAAAGGUUUUAAAGGCUUUAAGCACAAUGGAGAACCGGGUUUUCGAGAAGCAUUUGCCACAGUUCUAUCCUUAUCUAACAAGACUCAUUUGCUGUGACCAGGUAACAAGCUCCAAUCAAGGAUUUACCAGAAUUUGGACGUUCGUAAAGCGCUUGGAGAACUAUUCCUAAUGCGACUCAUGACUCUCCUUCCUGAAUACUGAUAUCCUGUUAUAGAACCGAAUGAAUCAGGUAGUUGCUAAUAGAGACGACUUUCAUGAUAUUUACAACUGGAUUGCGGAUGCGGUUUGAAUAUUGAAUCGAAUAGGAGAGUUUGGAGGUCUGCAUGUCCCAUCCAACUAGUAGCUUAGUGCUAGUGAGCGAAAGACCGCCUCUUAGAAUCAGUCAUAACGUAUCGUAUUUUAUAUGUUUUUCUAGCGACUAAAAACAAUGGUAAUAAUUCCCAUGUCUGCAUGAUAACGCUUGUAAGAACAUUACUUAGCACUGAAGUCACGCGUAAUCCUUCCACACAAAACUGUGACUUCCUGCGUGCUGAAGAGCCCUACACCCUGUGCCUGCAUUCCCGAAACGGUAACCAUGCAGCAACAAAGGCAUCCCCAAUUGCUGGUUUGCAGAACACGUGAUGUGAAGCCAUAGACUUCAGUGGAAGUCUCAGUACAAGUGCAGGCUGAGAACUGUGACACACCACCUCUAUUAUCAUGCAGUAGUCUGCAAUAAGAGUGGGGUGAUGAGCAUUCAGGCAUCAGAGUGCAGUGCAAUAUUUGCUAUUAUUUCUCUUGAUUCAUGCAGCGGAUACUCAGGUUUGGACAUGACUCUCAGGUCAGAAGUAAAAUGUUUGUGGCCAGUUGUGAUAUGAGUCUUUUUCUACUCUAUUCCGUUUCACUGACCAACAGCAGCACACUGGUAUAAUACUCUCAUGGAUAUUCUAUAUUAGCUUUAAAGCUUAGUCCAACAGAUUGUAUAGAAGGAUUACUGAACCUGAGCACAAAUAAUGGAGUACAAACUUGGUGUA